AUGAGUUUCACUGACAGUUUCUGGUCAAUUGAUUAUAAUCAAGGGAUUAGAGUGUUAUUUGAUCAGUUAUACCAAGGUAUUAAAGAAAAUGAACUGUUCAUUGAUUUAUUCAAAAAAAGACUGGAACUGGAAUUCAUCUAUGGGAAUCAAUUGAAUUCAAUAUCUACAAAAUCAAAUAGUGAUUAUAUUUCAUCCAUUAGAACAGCAUUUGAUAAGAUAAAUGAAAAUUUCGAAGAUGAAGGGAAUUACCAUAUAGUUUUAAGUGAGAAUAUCAAUUUAAAAGUUGUUGAACCAUUUUCAAAAUGGUGUCAUGAUCAUAAAGAAAGAAUUGAGUAUAGUGAUAAUAUAUUGAUUGAAAAAUAUAAAUAUUUCAAGAAAUAUAAAACAUCAGUUGAAAAAAUUCAAAAGAAAUAUUUCAAUAAAUGUAGAAUUCUUGAAGAGUUCAAGAAUAAUUUCGAUGAAGAAGAUUUGAAUGAAUCAAUGAGAACUGUUAAUGUUGAAGAAGAAGAAGAUUUUGAUGAAGAAAUUUACCAAAUUGGAGAUUUGAAGUUAUCAGAGAAGAAUUUCAAAAAACUUUUGACUGAUUUGAUUAAUAAUAUUGAAAUCAAAGAUCAUAAAGUAUCAAUCUUAGGUACUUAUUCCAAUGUAUCUAAUGGAAGUAACAUUACUCAUUGGUUAUUGAAUAAUGUUGAAGAGUUAGAUAAAGAUAUCAGUAAGAUUGAAAGAUUCGGUCAAGAUUUAAUCGAUAAUGAUUAUUUAAGGUUAAUUGGUACGAUCAAUAAUAAUAAGAACUUCAUCAAUUCAUCACAAUAUUAUUAUCAAUGGAAACCUAAGAUUUUUGAAUUCAUAGGGUUCAAUGCCAUUAAGGAUGAUUUGACUAGAUCUAAUUCCACCAUAAGUUCCAAUAUGAUGAAGAAUCAAUUUUCAGAUUAUUUCGAAGAUAUGAAACAAGUUAUUGGAGUUAAUAAUGUGGAUUUAAAUGAUAAAUCCCAAUACUUGAAAAUCAGUCAAGAAGUCAAUGGUUUAGAUCAACAAUAUUAUCAAGCAGUUGAAGAAUUAGACAAAAUCAGAUGUGAAUUUGAAGAAUUAAUUAUGGACCAUUUAACUUUCAUGGAAAAAUGUGAGUUUGAUAGAUUAAAAGCCAUUAAGAAAGUAUUAUUUGAUUUCUUAAAAAUCUUCAAUGCUCAAGAUAAGAAGAAAUUCUUGAAUGAAUUGUCGGUUCUUGAAGAAACUAUAAAUCCCGUCAAUGAUUUGAAGUUUUUAAUUGAGAAUUUCAAAGUAGGUAAAUUCAAACCUAAUGUGGUAUUAUAUGAUAAUUACUAUAAUUCUAAUAUCAACCAAACUUUUGGUGUUGAUUUAUCUAUAAAAUCAAGAUUAGAUAAGAAAAUAGUACCUAUUCUUGUACAAUGUAUUUUAUCCCAUUUAGAUAAGGUUUAUCCUGAUUUGAUUAAUGAUGAAGAAAGGAUCAAUUUGUGGAUUAAACCAGUACAAUUGAAUAAUAUUCAUAGUUUAAGGUUCAAAUUGAACCAUUUAUCCAAUCCCCAAGAUAUCAAUGAGAUCUUAAAUCAACAACAUCCUAUGAUAAUCACCAAUUUAUUGAAAUUAUAUUUCCUUGAAUUGCCUGAUUCCUUGAUUUUACAUAAUUCUUAUGAAAUCAUUAAAUCCUUAUAUUUGAAUUAUCCUAUUAAUACCAAUGAUGAUUUAGACGAAUCAAGAAUUAAUGGUUUACAAAAUGUUUUAAGUGAUUUACCAAAAUGUAAUUUAGCUACUUUAGAUGCCUUGUUAACCCAUUUGAAUCGUUUAAUUCAAAUCAUUGGUAAGAAAGAUCAUGAAUUAGCUGUUGAUUUUAGGAAUAAGUUGUCUAAAGAAUUCUCUUCAAUCAUCAUAUUACCAAAGAAUAAUGAUCAUAUAUUUGUUGAUAAUUUCCAAUAUCAUUUCAUAUUGGAUUUAUUCGAUAACAAGGAUGUUAUUUUCAAGCAAUUAAGAAGGAAUAAUUCAUCACAUGAAGAUGGAAGUUUAAGAAUUAAGAAGAAAAGAUCAACUUUGGACAAAGAAUUACCUAAUCCUAAAACACCUUCAAAACCAAGAGAUUCAGAGAUGAAAACUCCAAGACCAAAAGACUCAGAAAAGACUCCAAGACCAUCAGAAUUUAAAUCAUCCAAAUCAGAACCUUUACCAAAGACACCCAAGCCAGAGACAUUACCUAAAACUCCAAAACAAGAAACUUCAACACCUAAACCCGAUUCUCAAUCUCCAGGUUUAAGAAGAUCAACAUCUCCCAACAAGAAAUCCUUAAAUUCCUGCAUCGAGAAGAAUAAUAGUUCUAGUUCCAUAGUAUCUUCUAAACCAGUUAAAAAAGAUAUCAUUUACGAUUUUUCUGAUUUACAACAACCUAAAUUUGCUCCUAGUUUGGGUAGAAAGUCAUCAGUUAAAGAUUUAGCUUCAAAAUUUGAAAGUGAAAGUCCUUCACCAACCCCUAAAUCUUCAGCAUCUUCGACAAAGUCAUUUUCAUAA